GCGAUGGCGGCGGCGGCGGGCCGGGCGGGCCUGUGGCUUGCGGGCACCGGGAAGGUGCUGGGGAAGAGCAUGGAGGGGAUGGCGUCCCCGGUGUGGGUUCGUUGUCUCUUUACCAGGUCCAAUAUUCCAGACUCGGUAUUUCAGCCACGGCCUGGAGAUCAUGAAAAGUAUGGAGGUAACCCUGAGGAGCCCCACAAAAUCCAUGUUAUCACCAGAAUAAAAAGUGUCAUUGGUCGCCCAUAUUGGGAAAAGAAGAUAAUCCGUGAUCUGGGGCUGGAUAAAGCACAUCAGCCAAGACUGCACAAAAAUAUCCCUUCUGUGAAUUCCAGACUGAAAGUUGUUAAACAUCUGAUAAGAAUUCAGCCACUGAAGCUCCCCCAUGGGCUGCCAACAGAAGAGGAAUUGUCCAGCACCUUUCUGACAAGCAGAGGAGAGCUUAUCAUUAAAAAGCGCCUGAAACCUGUGGAGCAGAAAAAAAUUAAAGCAUAAGAUGUGCUGGUUGGAUUUAGAUUUUAUAAAAUAAAUAUUUUAAAUCCCCA